AUGGCGGUGGCGGCCAAGGCACCAACUGAAGUAGACCAAUUAGAAGACUUUGAGGCAUAUUUAGAACCAGAUUUUGACCAACAUAAACUCGCCAAUGGUAUACUAUGCGCUACAAACGGGGUAGAAAACCCCGAAUUGGACUUGAACACACCACUCAAAAAGCUCAAAUACGACCUCGUUGAAAUCGAGAAACGAAUCAAGCAAACAACAAGUCAGAACCACGAGGUCUUAAUCCAGAAAUUCACCGAAGUGUCAACCUAUAAGCAGAUUUUGCAAGAUCGAAUCGAGCCGCAAAUGCAACUCGUGAAUAAACCAUUCCUGAAAAUCCAACGGGAAGUGAUUGAACCAUACGAACGCGCCACCCAGCUCAAUAACGCCGUGUAUCGAAUGCAUCAAACUUUGCAAUUGUUACGCCACGUCAGCUUCUUCAUCUUUAUAAUCCAGCAAUUGGAAGAGUUGCAAAUGAAUUAUACGGAUCGCGACGUGAUCAAGAUUGCCCGGUUGAUGAACCAACUCUCGCGGCUUUACCUCGAGCUAGGCCCAGACGCCGAUCUAAAAGCUACCCCCGUGAUGCAGAUUCGACUAGUGCGCGAUUACCAAACGACGCUAAACACGCGAAGAUCCAUCAUGUUGCUGGAGUGCGCGCAGUUGGUAAGUAGCGAAUUGGCGAAAACCACAAGUUUAAGCUCGAAAAACACCAAGCUUUAUAAUAAUCUACAAGCGUUGUACAUCUUGAACCAACUCGAGUUUUACAGUGUCGUGGAGAAAUGCACCGUGACGAGGCAGUUGAGCGUGGGCACGAGCCAACUUUCGAAAGCUUUGCAGUCGCCGCGCAACUUCACGAGCUUGUUGUUGGAUGUUCAAGAGAGUGCCAGUACCUAUUUCGACAAGUUGAACCAUGUGCUUGGCCAGUGGAAAAUACAUGUUGAACGGGAUGGAAACAGUAGUCCCAAUGGCAAUAGCAAUGGCAAUGGCCAUGAAAACAGCGAUGGCAAUGGGAACGGUGGCGUGGUGUCGAUUUUGAAGUUGAUGUUACAGCAUUUCAAAUGCGACUCGCUAGAAACAUUGCUUUGGCUGAAGUUGGCUCUCCUGUUCAAGAGGAAUAUCGCGGCGACUAUGGCCAGAGGCGGACCUACGGCAAAGAAUUUAAAAGUUUACAAUCAAGGCUUGAAAAAUGCCGUUCAUGAGAAAUUGACCAACGAGCUUGAAAGGGAUCUAAUCUUGGACGCAUUGACAAUGAUUGAUUAUAAAUAG